UGGUGCACGUAUUCAGAGGCCGGUGAGCUCUUCAAGACAGGUUUGGAGGCGCGGGGCAUCAGCAAGGCCAUUUACCGCGACUGGCACAUCUGUCAGAUGCUCGUAUAAUUGGCAUUUGACGCAUGAAGCCUUCGCCGCGGAAUGGUCACGGGGGCACAGCUCGAGGCUCGGUACCACGAUCUGAUCUCGCACGCUGCCUGCGACAAGGUAAUGUGCGGAUCGGAAUUCUUUAAACGCUGGUACACUAUGCGCGAGCUGCGGGCCAUCACAGACUUGCCCGGCAAGACAAAGGCCUUCGUCAAGGUGGCCACAGACUUGUCAAAGCCCGACGACAAGCCGGGCAAGCCGCCUCUCCAGCAUCUACUUCAGCACCUAGCAACCAUGCCCCUUCACGCAACCCAUGUAGCAUUCCUCCAACGUAUCGCCGCCGACGACCCCGCCCGCCUCCCCCUCGUCCAAACCGCCGUCGACUGGCCCACGUUCAAGGUGCCAAACGCGUCCCGCAGGGUGAGGUCUGCCGGCAAAGGCGACUCCUAUGAGGAGAACGUCGACGACCUCUUGGGCAAGGCGAUCGCGCUGCGAGCAUGCCUGCGCGCGUGUGGACCAGACGUGGGCAAGUCCGCCCUCAUCUGUCGCUACGGUCCGCAUCGCCUCCGCAACUUCGUGCACGCCCUGCGCGACUACGACGGGGAGAUGUGGGGGCACAAGAAGUGGCAGUACCUCGCAGACGAGCGUAUAUGCGAGAUCAUUGCCACCACCUUUGCCAAUGAUGAGGAGACGGAGCCCGGUCACUGGACCGUCUCUGCUCUCAUCACCGCCGAAGACCGCGAGGAGAUGGCGAAGAGGUGCGCACAGGCUUACAAGGAUAUGAUCCAGGAGCUUGGCGAGGACAGUGGCAAGAGGAGGAAGACGGUCCACAGGGAUCGUUACGGCUACCUACGCAUCAUCUCAUACAACGCUGCAAAGCGCAUCCUCAAGAUCACGGGCAGGAUCCCGGACCAUCUUCGUGAGGAAUUUAAGCGACAAGCGGCCCGCAUCUAUCGUAUCGUCGCGCCAAUGGCGCUGAGAAAGGAGCUUUCUUGCCCCUUCUGUGAUGGCGGCUUGACUUGGGAGCUGGAGGCCGCGAAGGCGGCAAAGAAGGACAAGACGGCAAACGACAUAAGCUUCUCCCAUGCCACGAUCGACGCUCUGCACCCGAGGUGUCGUGGUGGCCAAUACGUCAAGGAAAACGUUGUCUUGUGCUAUAACGGCGGCAACUACAUCAAGGCUGGAUUUCCCGCCGAUAAUGCACGCCUGCUCCUGAGCCGCCUCGCCCUCGCCAAGCCUGCCCUGCAUCCAAGCAAGCAUCUACUGCAGAUACCCCCUCGCCCACCUACCUGCUCUGCUACCUCUUGGACACCGCUGGACGAGUCCAACUUCGAAUCGUGGGCGAAGAAGACCGCAUCUACCAAAAUAUCUGUCUAAAAGAGGAACAAGAAGCAUCCAUUCCAGUUCGCCAGUCCUCAAGAGCUGAUGGAGGAGGUGCGAGAUCAGCUCCUGCCCGGGCUGAUGUACUCGGAUCCCUCGGGUGCUGAGCUUCCCCUCGCGCUCGCCGACCUCGAUCGCCUCGAUCCGAACAAGGGGUACCGCAAGGGAAAUGUCCGCUUGCUGCUCGGAGGCCUCAACAUGCUGCGCAACAGCUUGGCCGACGACAAACUCCUCUUCGCUUAUCUCACGAGGCUGGCGAGUACAUUCAACCAUGACAGUA